AUGGGCCGCUUCAGCAAAGGUUACCGAGAUUUUUUUGCCGUAAAAGCUAAAAUCGAAGGCUAUCGCGCGCGAAGCGCCUACAAGCUGACAGAAGUAAUCGACAAGUUCAACUUGCUGGAAGACGUCACUGCUGUCGUUGACCUCUGCGCAGCGCCGGGCAGCUGGAGUCAAGUGCUCGCGCGCCGACUGUCAGAUCAUCCCUCAGCAAUGGUUGUCGCGGUCGACUUGCAGAAAAUUGGACAACUGCGUGGUGUGACCGUUGUCACCGGCGACAUUUGCAGCACUGCGACGCAUAGCGAUAUCAUUUCUGCCCUUGGAGGUCGUUCCGUGAAGCUGGUUACAUGCGACGGUGCACCGGACAUGACCGGAUGUCGCGCAAUUGACCAAGAGCUGCAACUGGAGCUGGUGCUUGCUGCACUGCGCACCGCAGUGAAGCUACUCGCGCCGGGUGGCCGUUUUGUUUCAAAAUUCUUUCACGGUUCCUGCUCCUUAGCUCUCAGUGAAGCACUUUCGCUUUUUUUCGAGCACGUCUCACUGAUUAAGCCCGAAGCCAGCCGGCCGCAAAGUACCGAAAUUUUUAUAGUGGGUUUGAACUUUCAGAAAAAUGUGGCGGUGUCAGAUGAAGCGCUCGCGGACGGCUGCAAAUUCAAGCAAUUGGUACAGAAUUCCAUCGUGUUUCGCUCGGCAUACCUGUAG